AUGACUGUCGACACCAUAUCCCCUCCCAAACUCCGCGUGGCUGUCAUAGGCAGUGGAAUCGCUGGCCUUGCAGCAGCUGCCUUUCUUCGAAAACACCCCCAGUUUGUCAUUACUGUCUACGAGCUCCGUGGUGCAGAUUGGAAGGAAUCUUCUGCGGCUCUUGGGCUCCAAACGAAUGGCACCUCCAUCGUGGAGCAACUGGGUAUCACUAGAGAAGAGGUCCGCGGGGUGAUAGGUGCUGGGUAUCGAACAUACAAUAUUCAGGAGGAGCCGAUGAGCAAAGGCAAAGUGGCAUUCCCACCAGAUGGAGAGACUGGGUUCUGGUUUGUGCAUCGACAGGAUCUAAAGGACGCAUUGUUACGCAGAGUAAUCAGCGAGGACGAAGAAGGGGAGCCUAUCCAGGUGAUUUACGACAGUCACAUCGUGGACAUUGACCCAGAGGCUGGGGUUGUGAAGUUUGCAGACAGGUCUUCUGUAGAUGUGGAUUUGAUACUUGGCGCCGAUGGCAUCCAUUCCAAAGUUCGACAAGUGGUUAUACCACCUUCACACCCAGAGCCUGCCUCGUGCGGGCUCUGCGUGUACCGCUUUGUUCUCCCUAUGGAUGUCCUCAGGAACCAGGAUGGUAAAAUGCCAGAUAUACUCACCUUCAACGAGGGUAACUUCGUAGUAAUCAUUGCUGCGGGCGAUGAGGGCAACCGCAACAUGGUCAUCUAUCCCUGCCGUGAGCUCGAGCUGAUGAAUUUCGUCUGCGGUGUCCCCAAUACAAGCCCUAAGGUUUUAGCCCAUCUUAAAUCAUCUGGGAGCACUGAAGCUAUCGCAAAGGAUAUGGUGGAGGAGUUUCAUGGAUUCCCUAACUGGCUUCUAGAGCUCUUCAGCAAAUCCGAUUUGAUAGAGGUAUUCCCUGUGAUCGAUCAAGAGCCUCUGCCCAAUUAUGUCAAGGGCCGGACCAUGCUAAUUGGCGAUGCUGCGCACGCCAUGGCACCGUAUUAA